UGGAGUAGUGUUAUUCUUCUGCCGUCGUAGUUGUUCAACUUCCUUAUUUUAACCACGUAAUUCUGUGUACAUGUAUACAGAAUGCAGAACGCAAUUAAAUAUGUUUUUUCCCCUGUAAUAUUUGUAAUACCUUUCAACAGUGGUCUAUAAGUUAACAUCAUAUCUAACCCAUCCAUCCAUCCAUUUUCUUAACAUGAACCCCGCCUCCGGGCGAGAGGCUAACCCGAUUAUUAAAAUUGCCUUUUAGCGUUAGGUCUUAUGUCUUUUUUUUUUUCUUUUUUUUUUACAAGUGCAAACCUUUGGCUCUGUGUUACUGCCAGUUUUUUAAUGUCGAAAAUUUGUGUUGGUUUUGUUACUUUUCUUUUUAAAAUCGGUCAAGUAAUACGCGAUUUCACUGACAAGAUCUGCAAAAAAGAAAACUAAAACCGAAAUAUUUUUGAUUUUGCCAGGGACUGUUGUAAAAGGUCAUACCUUUAAUUUCUGCCAUUUUGUUUUGUUGCAGCUCAAGAAGAGGACUGUGAUUGGUUGCAAUACAGUGGAACGUGUCAAAUUUGCUGGUUGUGAUUGGCUGUUUUUCAUCGAAUUGAACGUAGUAUUUGCAAUGCCUGUCUGUGAUUGGCUGGUAGUGUGGUUCAUUUAUAUACAACUCACGUUGCGCAAGCGGGGACAGAUCCGAAGUGAGCGGUGAGAGAGCCGUGCGAGCAAGUAGAGUCUUAGACUGAACCGACCAACCGAAAGAACAGAGAGAUAGAUCCGAGCGAGAUGUGAAACAGUUUGCCAGUCAGAACACCACUGAGCGAGUAUGUGUUUGAUUUAUAUCCACAAGACAAAUGUAAGAUCAACAACAAUCUUACAGAUAAACAACUACAAAGUUGAUCUUACAGAUUGAUCCCACCAUAAGAGAGGGUACUAAGCAGGACGAGGUAUGAAACGAUCAGUUUUACGGUGUUUGCCUUCCCUCCUUUUGGUUAUCCUCCUGACUACUUUUAUCCACUUUAAACUUCACAAUAACAAAGAGCAGUCUUUUAGCUCUUGUCAAGAUGACAGGGACAAAAUUGAUGAAAUGCUGGAGACGUAUUCACAACCCUGGAUUAACAAUGAAGAAAAUUACAAAGAAAUCAGUAAUGUGCAGCCUAAGCGGUCACUUCCUCAGAAGAAAGCUUCUCCUCAAACAUCUGCUUUAUGCAAAGACUGUAGAGAAAAAAUAAACAAAGUCUUAGAACAGUACUCAGAAGCCUGGAAGAAACAAGAAGAGCAUUACCAAAAGUUCAGGUAUACUUUAUGUUGCACUGAGUCAUCAGACUACUUGUGGCUCCCCAGAUCCCAGCUGAACACAAAGUGCCAUGGUUUAGAGAAGGCUACAAUUACCCAGGCAAACACUCCAGUGGGAACAAAGCUAGUUUAUGAUGGAGAGAAGAAGAGUACCCUUCAAGUGAACCCAGAGAUUUUCAGCACCUUCUUUAAAGGGCAUCCUUUCCCAAAUAAAACCUGGCAUACAUGUGCUGUUGUCGGGAAUGGUGGGAUCCUAGCAAACAGUAGCUGUGGCAAAAUGAUUGAUUCAGCCGAGUUUGUUAUCAGGUGCAAUCUGCCCCCUUUGUCAAAUGGGUACGAGAAACAUGUUGGCAUCAAGACGGACCUGGUGACAGCAAAUCCAAGCAUCCUCAUAGAAAAGUUUGGGGCUCUAAUGGGACGUCGACGUAAGUUUGUGGAAAGUCUGCGCAGCUAUGGCGACUCCUUGCUGCUUCUUCCUGCCUUCUCCUUCAGCAUCAGCACUCCUGUAUCUCUCCGAGCGUUUUACACACUUGAGGACUUUGAAAGCUCCGUUCGACCUAUCUUCUUCAACCCGGGGUACCUCCAUAACCUGGCCCUCUUCUGGGGCUCUCAGGGCCUGAGAACGAUACGACUCAGCACCGGUAUCAUAAUGACAAGCCUAGCUCUGGAACUCUGUGACAACAUACAGCUGUAUGGAAUCUGGCCCUUCGAUUUUCACCCAUACAGCUUUCAAACUCUGACUAACCACUAUUAUGAUGACAGAAAAACCCAAACCAAGUUCCAUGCCAUACCAGAUGAGUUUAACCACUUGUUGCGGUUGCACAAUCAGGGUGUUCUCAAGUUACACCUUGGAGAUUGCAAAGCAGAGCCAAAUUAGACUCCUCAGGCAAAGAGUGCCUUCUCAAUUGCCUCAGGUGAACCCAACCAUCAAGACUUUCUUUUAAUCACAAGACUGUAUGGACUGUAUAGACUGACUAACUCCACAGACCAGGCCCUAUCUGCAUCCACAAAACUUGUACUGAGAUCAAAAUGCAACAAAAAGAGGACAAUAACUAGUAUGAAUUUCAUCUUGUUUCACAACUUUAUUUAUGUUUUGUUGUAAUUGUCUCACUAUAGUGUCUGGUACCAAAACUAACCAUCAGCCAAACUCCUUUCACACGAGUCAGGAUUAAUUACGGUAGUUCUUCCUUUAUUUCUGCGUAGAAUGGAGUGAAGCUGCCAAAACACAAACAACUCAGGAUGAGCUCACAGCAGCUAACACAAGUGUUUUACAUACGGUUACAUACAUUAAAAGUACAACAAUGCUACGUAACGGCCUAAAAAAUCUCAACAGCCUACUAAUUAGCAAUGACAUAACAAAUAAUCGAAUCACCCACAGAUAUCUUCAGAACCAAUUAAACAUAAAUUUAAUAGACAACUGACUUAGUUUCUCAUGUAUUAACAUAAACGCUCAUUUUGAACUAUAAGCUACUUACAGGCAUUGCUUCGAAGAACUUGACCUGGAAAGCGGCGUUCAUAACAGACUUGUCUGUUCAUCUGUUCUGCUGUUGGUAAACAAAACGUACUAAAUAACAUAAAAGUAAAGCAUUUCCCUAAAAGUCCAGCAGAUGGGAGCAAUGUGCCAUUCAAAAUAAAACACCCACAGUUUACAGCAGUGGUCCCCAACCACUGGGCCGCGGACCGAUACCGGUCCGCGGACCAAUUGGUACCGGGCCGCGCAAGAAAUAAUUGCAGAAGUUUUCAUUUUGGAAAUCCUAAACCGGAUGCUGUCGGUUACGUUUUGCGCGCCAACAUGCAGCAGAAUGAGUAAGAAACAACGGCAUCGGUCUCGAUGAAAAUCAGCACCCAGAAGAAACAACAGCAGGUUGUUGUCAGGUUGAUGUCUGGGAGAGACUGUGUAACGUGUGCCUUUGUGUGGCCAUCCUUGUUUAGUGCCUAGUGAUGGACUUUGAGUCAUUUUCCAUUUUUAUUCCACAAAAUAAUGGAAACAAUGUUCCCAUUAUUUCGUUUUAAUCGAAACCAAAUACCUCCUUUAGAAGAAUAUUGUAACUCAAUAGAAACAUCAGCAAAGUGAAUGUAAUAGGUUUUUUAAUACAUUUAACCACUUUGAAAAGGUAAUUUGCUUUAAAUUAACAACAUGAAUGUGUUGGUACUGAACACUUUUUUCACUAUGGCGGACUUAAAAUGAAAGAUUAUGUCUGGCCUGCCUUAAAUAUAAAGAUCAUAAUAGAUUAAAAGAAAAUGGAAAUACAAAUUGCACAAUUCUUUACAGAAAUUAUAACACACCUUAGGUGCUUUUGGAUACAUUUUGAUCCAAAAGCACCUAAGUUGUUCAGUUACAAGUCUAGAAGAAAUAUUAUACUGCCACUUUGAGGCAGGAAAGUGUUGCUGCAAAGGAUGAGUGAAAGAAGAAUGAGUGGUUUUCAGUUGUUCUUUAUCUGUUUAUCGCCGAUAUUUCCCUAUGUUGCAACUCAA